AUGAUCACCUUCGAGGUCGAAUCGUCUAACACUAUAGACCACGAUCCAAAACAAAGAAGCCAUGAAGUCGUUUGGGGUUCCUGCCCUCGUUUCCCUCGUCCUCGCCGCCCUCUUGGCGUACAACGUACACGCCAUUUCACAAGUCUAUCGCACAGGUCGGUAGCUCUAUACUGCGAGGUUUUAUUGCAAGGAUGUGUUGUACCAACAACAAGUGUCUAUUCGAUUGAGAACUACGAUUUGUGCUUGAAAGCCUUCAGUGGUACAGGCGUCUAUACUAUCAUCAACCUCACCCUUUCCUUGAAUGGCUCAAUCGAUCGCAGUUCGCCUGCGUGGUCUACAACCCUUUUGGAUCAAUACAUCGCUACCAUCGACGCCUUCAGCGAGUACGACAACGUCCUGGCAUGCCACGUCGGAAACGAGGUCAUCAACAGUUCAUCCAACACCAACGUCGCUCCUUUCGUAAAAGCGCUGCUCGAGACAUCAAGCACCGCCAAAAAGUCCAACUUUCUCAUCGGCUACGCAGCCAUUGACGGCGCGGACAACUUCCAGGGUAGUCCCUCAAACACCAACUCUGGGUCAACCGCGAUCGACCUCUUCAACCUCAAUAACUAUCUAGUAUUCCACCUCUUCCCCAUCCUCCGCUCUCCAUUGACACGUCACAGCGAGUGGUGCGGCAAUUCCACCUUCGCAGACUCCUACACCGACACCGAAAACAACUUCGCUGGGUACAACGUCGCAGCCUACUUUUCUGAGUAUGGCUCUGUCCCUCCCUCCGAUGCCCGCCCCUCGUCAGAGCAGGCGCCUUCUUGUCAUACGACAUGUUUCCCGUCUGGUUGGGGCAUCGCCUUCUCCUAUUUUUCCAGCAGCCAGCGCAGGAGGUCAAUUCGGCAUAAUCAUCUGACAACAAGACCAUCUCGACCUCCACGGACCUCGCUACUCAAUACGGCGCUGUUCUUGGGAUCGACUACUUUACCUGCCACCCCCAAUUUGGCGGCUUGCCAGUGCUUGCAGAGUGCCUUGAGUUGUCCGUUCACCCCUGUCGUUAGUGGUUAUACGAUUGUUGCUGGGCAGUUGAUCAAUACCGCUUGUGGGCUGCUCGAGUGGAACGUGCUCUGA